AUGGCCCAUAUCAUCAAGCUGAAUGUCGGAGGCUCUCUUUUUCAAACUUCGAAAUCCACGCUCACAAAAUUCGACGGAUUCUUCAAAACGAUGUUGGAGACUGAAAUUCCGGUUGCCAAAGACGAGUCCGGAGCGAUUUUCAUCGAUCGCGACCCCAAACACUUCCGCGUGAUCCUCAAUUUCAUGAGAGGUGGCCACGUGGAUCUUCAGAAGUAUUCAGAAGACGUCACUGAAAUUCAGAAGGAAGCUAAGUACUAUUUGUUGGGUGGACUAGUGGAACUGUGCAAGCUGAAGCCAGAAGCUCAGAAAAUGCCAUAUUUUGCGGAGACUUUUGAGGAUAUGGCCAGAACUGUUGCUAGUAGCACUAAGAAGGUAAUUUUUGAGAAUUUCCUCCUGUUCAAAAUUUUCCUGAUUCAGGUAGUAUGCACAGUAUUUUUUGGAACUGCAUUCCGGUGUGUUUAUCGUAAAUGUUUUAUCAAAGCUGUCAUGCUCUACGGAGAUAAAGUCGAUUUUUGUUUCAGAGAACAAGCGGUAGAAAGUACCAGAAUCAUUAUACACAAAAAAAUGACCAACCGGGUCUUCGACGAAAAUCCUGGUUUUGUUUUUGAUUUUGACAUCAUCAAAAAACGCAUUCCUGAUAUUGAUAAUUAUUAA